GGCGGCGGAGCCGGGAAGCGGCGGGGCCGUGGGCGGAGGAUGUGCGUCAGCCGGGGGCAGCCUGGGAACGGCCGGACCCCGGGGGGGGGGGGGGGCUGGGACUGCUCGGCCGUCGGUGGUCUGUGGGGUGGCGGGGGGGGGGGGGGGUGCGGAGCGGGACUGUGCUGUGGGGAUGGAGCGGGACGGGACCCCCACACCUCCCCCCGACGGCCCCGGAACGCGGCGCUGCGCUGUCGUGUCCCCCCCCCACGCGGGGCAGAGGGCGCGGGGGCGGUGGCGCCGGCGCGGUAUAAAUAGUGCCGGGCUGAGGCCGGGGGGGGGGGGGGGGGGGUCGGGGCGAUGCCCGCGGGGGGAGGGCUGAAAGAUUCCUCUCCACCUCCCCACCGGACCCGACCCGCUCUGCCCGGGGCUGCUCGCUCUGACGGCCCCCCAUCCUUCCUCCCCCCCCGCGGGAGGCUGAGCGGCAGAGCCCGGACCCCGCGGCGGUCCCACAGCCGGGAGGUGGCGCGGGGCUGCGGGGGGAGGGGGCACCGACACCCCCGGUGACAGCCGUGGUCCCUCAGAUGCGGGGUCGCCCCGGGUCUCGGUGUCCCCCCCCCGCAGGCUCCGGUUGCCCCGAGCGGAGCCCGCCCGGGCCCCCAACCCCGCUUCCCCACUGCUCCGCGGCCGUCGGUUCACCGCGUUCUGCCCGACGGGACCCCCGGUGCCGCCGCACGCCCCGGGCGCAGCCGCUCCCUCCCGUCCCGGUUCGGUUGGGGGGGGAUAGGGCGGUCCCACUGUUCCCCCCCCUCUCGCUGCCGCCUCCCACGCCGCGCUCAGCGGGGGCGGCAGCCGCGGGAUCCGCCUCCGGAGCCUCCCACGCCGCGCCGCAGCCGGGGCCGCUGCUAUUUCUCGGUACCGCCCGUGUGGGCGGCGCGCAGAGCGGCGCGGCGCGGCGGAGCGAACGCGCACGGCGCGGCCGCGGGACCCCCGAACACCCCCCGGGACUCCGGAGCCCCCCGGAACCGUCCGUCCAUGCCCACGGGGUGCGCGUAGCGGCCGGACGGGGCUGCAGCCCGCGGCGCGCCAUGGCCGUGCCCCGCACGCUGGGGGAGCUGCAGCUGUACCGGGUGCUGCAGCGUGCCAACCUGCUGGGCUACUACGAGACCUUCAUCCAGCAAGGAGGGGACGACGUGCAGCAGCUGUGCGAGGCGGGCGAGGAGGAGUUCCUGGAGAUCAUGGCGCUGGUGGGCAUGGCCACCAAACCGCUGCACGUCCGCCGCCUGCAGAAGGCACUGCGAGAGUGGGCGUCCAACCCGGGGCUCUUCAGCCAGCCGGUGCCGGCCGUGCCCGUCAGCAGCAUCCCGCUCUUCAAGCUGUCCGACGGGAGCGGGCGCAAAUCGCUCAGCAACGGGCACGCCAGCCCCGGCGAGGCUGCGGGGAAAGGGGGGGGAAGCGCGGGGACGCCCCCCGCCCGCAGCCCCACGGAGCCCCCGGAGAAGCUGUCGCCGUCGGGGGUGCCGCCGUGGCCGGGUAGGAGCACCCCCGAAUCGGAGGGCGGUGGGGAUGAGGAGCCGGGCGCUCCUCCCUUCUCGCCGGGGGGCGCCGAGCAGGCGUCGGGCAGCGAUGCGUUGGAGCCGGAGUUGGUGCGGACGGUGGCGGAGAGCGUCGAGCGGCUGCUGCAGAGCUGCCCCCGGGGGGGGGACGCGGAGCUGCGGGCUCUGCUAAAGCUCAAUAAGAAGUUGGCCAAAGCCGUGGGGCACAUCUUCCAGCUGGAAGACGGCGACCGGCAGAAGGAGGAGGAGAUCCGGCGGCACAGCGCGAUCUACGGCCGCGGUGAUGCGCGGCGCCGGGAGGGCAAACAGCUGACGCUGCACGAGCUCAUCAUCAACGAGGCGGCCGCGCAGUUCUGCCUGCGGGACAAUUCGCUGCUGCUGCGGCGCGUUGAGCUCUUCUCGCUGUCGCGACAGGUCGCGAGGGAGAGCACCUACCUGUCCUCGCUCAAGGUGUCCAGGGCACAGCCCGAGGACGGCGGGGCCAGCGCGGCCAAGCGGCUCAAACAGGAGGUGGGGGAGCAGAGCCGCCCCGACCCCCCCCCGCUGGGGUCGGACCUCCACGCGCCCCCAUACCGCGUCGGCAAUGAGGAGGAUGCGGGGGGAGCGGCCGGAGAGAGCCCGGACGGCCACGCGCAGGCGGCGGGGCUCUGUCCCCGGCUGACCCCCCCGCCCGGCGCUGCCCCCGACGCGCCCCUCGCGCUCCCCCCGCACGGGCUUUGGAGCCGUCACAUUCUGCAGCAGACGCUGAUGGAUGAGGGGCUGCGCCUGGCGCGAUUGGUCUCCCACGAACGCGUGGGGCGGCUCAGCCCCUGCCUGCCUGGGAAGCCCCCAGAAUUCGAGGACGGAUUGGCGGAGCGCGGCCCCCCGGUCCCCCCAGACCCCCCCCGCGGCACCAUCAAGGUGGAGCAGGAGAACAGCCGGCAGUGAGGCCCCGCGCCCCCCUCCCCACUCCCUCCCCCACGACUAACGAAGCAAUAACGGGCGGAGAGCCGGGGGGCCAACAGCAGUGGGGCAAUGGGUGCUGGGGGGGGGGGGGUGCUCCACCAUUGCCCCCCCCCACAUCCAACCCCCCCGCACGGUUACCUCAGCCGCAGCGCCCCCCCCCCUCCCGCAGCAGCAAUAUUCCCUCCUCCAUCCAUGUUCUGAGCACGGGACCCCCCCCAUGGACUAAAGCCCGAUGUGCAGAGCCCCCCCCCCCCCCCCCCUCCCCAGGCCAUUCAUCGCCGCGUGCAGCCGCCCACGCCCGGAUUGGUGCUGGCACGCAGCCCCCGCAGCGCACGCACGUGCUGUGUUCCAUCCACCCCCCCCCCCCACCAU